AUGGAUGAUAAGUUGCAACAAACCGUAGCUCGUAUGGUACUAACCUACCUGUACGACUCGAACAUGGCCGAUGUGGGAGAACAGUUUUGGGCGAAAAAUCGUUAUCUUCCAAAAACUGUGCCACCAAUUGUGCUGUCUCACAUGACUUCGAUUGGCCGGCUUAUGACGGUUGUUAGAGAGUUUUUGGAGGUGACUAGUAUCAUUAACGAGUUUUCGAGAACGUACAUGGAUCAUGGAUUUCAAAAGAGUUACGAAAUAGCUGAGAAGGUUACUUUUUUGGUGGACAUGUGCAAAUCGUUGCUAUCUAUCAUCCCAUGCGAAUCCGUGCAAUAUGUUACACCGUCUGCGGAUGCACCGUCGAAUGCUGACCCAGCGAACCCAGAGAACCUAGAGGACAAUUCUGUAAUUGUGAUGAUGGACGAGGGAGUAGUAGAUUUUAAUGAUGCACCAGUUCAGCCGGAGUUGUUUACGAUCGAAGUACCUUACGAUGCCCAUGCCCCACUACAGGAGUACGUUAUAAAUCAGGACGAACUAAAAGAAAAUAUUAGGCCCAGCACAUUUGAACCGGUUUGCCUAACGGAAGCAAUCGAAGCACCAGAAGAAAGCAUAACAAAUGCAACCGUCGAAUCCGUAUCUAAUGUUCCUUAUAUCGAUCAGAAUGUUGCGUCGCCAUCGGUGCCGACCAAGGCUGUGGACAUCAAGGAGUAUGUGCCAAACCAAAUCAAUAACCAACAAGUCGCUACACGUACGAGACUCGUUCCAUCACGCAUCAUACAGAAAAGGCCUUCAAUUGACAGAAAAUUGAAACGCACAAAACCACUAAAACGGCCUCUUCGGGAACAGCCAUCUUCAUCAAAGGUUUCAUCCAAGAACGCUACUACCUCAAUUACACCACAAAAUAUUGUAGAAUCAACGGAUACGUAUGGUGGUUAUGAAUCUUCUUCGUCGUCGACAGCAUCGUCGAUAAAUUCAGAAUCAGACGAAGGCAUCCGACAGAUGACCAGUACGUUGCAAAGACAACGCCUUUACCGCAAAGCGUACAAAAAGCGUUCCAAAAAACACCCAUUUUCAGAGAAGGCCAACACCAAAUCGUCCCUUCCACAUUGUCAAGUAUUUAGGCCUCCGCCAUUGCCACCAGUAGAAAAGCCGGAUGCUACAACAACUGACGGCAGUGAACUUCCACAGCAAGCAGAUGUCGGGGAGGACACUAUUUCUGCGGUUUUGGCACAUAUUUACGGCGAAUAG